UCAGCAAAUAUGGUGAAGGGCAUGGCGUGUUGUGAAAUGUUACGACUACUGUAUAAAUGAAAUUCUGACAUGUUUAUCAUACACGUGACAGCUGCGGUUUAUGAAACACCGAAACUGGAGAUAAGAAGGGUUGAAAGGUUCUGCAGAUUAUGAGUAAGCACGGGUUUCGUUUCGAGAUGAAUGCGUCUGGAACAGAGCAACAGUGCGAUGACUGGGAUGAUUUUAGCGAUUCAGAAUUACUCGACGUUUUAUCCGAGACACAAAGCUUCGCAAAGGAAUUUUUGUUCAUCCUUCAAGAGUCUCAAAGGGCUCCCGAUAGCCAAGUUAAUGCUGAACGCUCUGAAAGCCCCAGUGUAUCUUCCACAUCAAUGCAAAAUUGUACCGAAGCAGCUUCUGGGCGUGAAACUGUACAAAGUGAUGAGGUGAGGGGUUUAAAGAGAAAGAGCCUCCAUAAAGACAGCUUCAGUCCAAUGCAGCGCUUCCUGAAACGUCAUCUAAGUGUAACCCUCCUCUGUGACCAGUCAUGGUGUGAGAUGAAAACCGUAUACAGUCUUUUGAAGCCACAUGUUAAGAGAAAUGACAUGCAACGGGCUGAGGUGCAGAUGGGAAAAGACUUUCAUUUAUCAAGAGAACUAGAGAUACAGAAUGUUGUCCCUGUAUAUAUCUGGACCAGAGAAGAAGCCGAAGCCAUUAAACUACUCAACAUGUUACAAAUGACUCGACUAUUAGAAGCAGGAGAAUGUGUGCGAGAGUUCCCAGUAUUUGGUGUCCUGGAAGGUGUUUUCGUUAUGGGGGUCAUCGAUGAGCUCAGGUAUAACCAGAAGGGAGAGCUGGUCCUAAAUGAGCUUAAAACUCGCAAACACAAUUCAAUGCCUAGUUCUGCACAAGAUAAAGUCAACUGCUUUCAGGCGGACCUGUAUAAAUUACUUUUUGAUGGAUUGGUCAGAGGGGAAGUGAAGAAAGAGCACAUUCUAGAUCACCUUAAACUGCGUUCACACCAGGUGCUCGGAGCAGGAGUCCAGGCUCAUGCUAAAAACAUUGGGGUUCAUGUGGCUACUUUUGAAGAUGUGCUGGAUGCCUUUCUGGUAACUAUGUCAUGCAGUGAUCUGCCGUGUAUUGACCUGCUUCAGCUGGAAUACUAUCACCAAGGUUCUAGAGGGCCCAUUGGGACCCGAGUCACUCCUUUUGACGAAGCUCAGCUACGGGAGGAUCUAAAGGGUUAUUUAGCUUACUGGAGGGGCGAGAGAGAACCCAAAGGAGUGGACAUAGAAGAGGCCUGGAAAUGUAGGUCAUGCCUGUAUAAACAGACCUGUGGUUGGACAAAGAGUAGAUCACAAAUGGCUGACCAAAAUGUAGCUGGUGUUAGCAGAAACUUUAAUUAGAAAUUACUUUGGGACAUAACAUUUUUUAGUUUUCUUUGUCGUUUUGGCUUUAAAGGUGCUGUGUGUAAUUUUUUGAAGAAUCUAUUUACAGACAUGCAAAAAAUAUACAUAACUGUCUUUAGAGAAAAGACCACACAUGAUGAAGCGUUAUGUUUUUAUUACCUUAGAAUGAGCUAUUUCUAUCUACAUACACCGCGGGUCGCCUUGCAUGGAAUUCGCCAUGUUGUUUCUACAGUAGCCCUAAACGGACAAACUGCUCUACAGAGCAUGUUUCGUAAAUAUGUUAUCUCCUUCUGCAAAGAAGUGAAUACGUGAUGACAUCGUAGUCCUGUGUCGGCCGCUGUAGUGCUCCGAAAGGGGUGGAGGGGUGGAGUAAGCCGUUGGUUGCAAUUCAUAACCUCACCUCUAGAUGCCGCUAAAUUUCAUACACUGGACCUUUAAAGCUAUAUGCAUAGGAUAUGUUUGCAUUUCAAACUAUUUACAUUUUUAUAUUAUUUUAGUUAAACAGCAUUAGUUAAAAUGUUUUUAUGAAACCAGAAUUUAUGUCAAAUUGACAUUUCUACGAAGUUGAAGUGACAGCUUAAAGGAGUAGUUCACUUCAAAAUAAGCCCCUAUUGACUUUCCAUAGUAAAUUUUAAGUCAAUGGGGGCUUAUUUUAAAGUGAAAUACUCCUUUAACUUAAAAACGAUUCACCUACUGUGAACCAAAUUGUAAAAUAGGGUACAAAGCACCAUAAUAAUAUUAAGGAAUUCCUGUAUCAUUUUUUUACAGCUUUUUUACCUGUAUAUUGAAUUUUACUGAGUUUGAGUGAAACUAAUGGAUAAUGUACUAGCAGAAAAGUAUAUUUUGCAUUGUUUUUUAAACAGUUUAAGCAAUUGUAGUAACAAAAAUACUUUGUAAAUAACUUUAUUAUUAACCAAAGAUGGUGCAGAUUGCAGUUUAAAUUACGUUCGUUAAAUGUUUUUUUUUUGACAUUAUGGAUUUUAGCCAUCGGAUGGCACUAUUUCACCACAUAUUUACUGUAGACUCUCAUGAUAUGAUAAACAGUAUGAUAAAUUGGACAUUGUCAGCGUUGCUCUGCUUCUUUAUGCAACCGUAAAGCUCUUUCUGUCAGUUAUUACUGAUAAUAAAUCAGUUAAUAGUAAUAUAGUAUGCCUCUGUAAAGAAUGUUAAUUUAUUAAAAUAAGUAAAUAUUUUAAUUUAAUGAUAUUUCCUAGUGAAUAGUGAUAUUUCGUAACUGGUUAGGACAAAGCCGUCCUGAAUUAGUGUGAAUAUAGUUGUGAGUGGCUAGAUAUUAGGCUAUGCAUGUUGUGUUAUUGUCUGAUGUUUAUUCAAUAAUGAAUUAACAUGGGAACUACCCCGUUAAAACUACAAAUCUUACAGAAGAGUUUAACCUCUAAUGAUUUUGCACAUAUUCAUGCAUCAUAAACCAGUGAGGCUGAAGGCAGGCUGUUAUUAGAUCAUAAAGGUCUGCACCAGUCUGGAGGUCGAUAAGAGCCACGUACUGUGGUAUGUUUGUUCAUCAUUGCAUUAAAGCACACCAUCUUUCCUAACAGCAUGACCGUAGAAUCCUGCAAUCCAGACGGUCUGAUGAAGUCACUCAGGUGCUAAUGACCGCUCAUUCAAGGCUCUUAAAAGCUUUCCCACACACUCAGAGCCCCAGUAAAGUGCUAUAGCACUUAACUUUAGCGUAUGCAAACUUUCAGUCACCUGGAAGACAGAGGAGCCAUGCAACAGUAAUGUGCCACAUCAGUCCAUGCUCUGUUUGCCUCGCUCGCUGGUUUCCAAAUGCGCUUUCAGCUUGCCUGAUCAAUAGAAUGCACAAUAAAAGGGUCUCUGCAUGGUGAUUGCAUUAAGAUACAAACAAGAAGUUCAAAAGCCCCUGUUCUUUCAGCUGAGGAAACAGGUUAAUUAAUGCGUAAAUCUACUUGUAAACAUGUGGGAAGAUCACGCGCGUGUGAGUGAACCGAGGAUGGGAGCUAAUGCAAAUAAAACAUAUGUUAUUUCGAAAUUGUCAAGACUGGAAUCACUUUUAAACAAUGAUAUUGAUGAAUGUUACAUUAGAUGACAUUAUUCCCAGUAAGGCUGGAUCUCAUUAAAAAAGUCAAGAAAAAAAAGUUUGCAUGUGAAAAUCAGGAUCUUUUGCAUGUGGCAUUUUAUCAUGACACUUAAAGGGAUAGUUCACCUUCAAAAUGAAAAUUCUGUCAUCAUUUACUCUCAUAGCAAGAGACAAGCGACACACAGCGACAAAGUCGCUGGCUGUCUGAACGGGGCUUUAAUUCUUUCUGCGGCUAAAUAUA